CGCGCGUUGGAAUCGAGCUGCUUAUUUUGCUAACAUCCCUUUUCGCUGUCGAACUAGGAAGGAAUACUGCGCUAUAGAGAACCUCGUUUUUCCUUCGUCCGAACCAAUCACCCAGGUGCUGGCUGGCCCCUGGUAUCUCAGUCUUACCUCCAUGGUCCGCAUGUUCCUCGUCCUCUCAAGCGCUGUACGGUUCGGAUAGAAUAAAAUUGCAUAUGUCGACAGCAUCCAGACAGUCUCGAGGCAUCAGCCGUCGGCUCGACAGCCUUCAACGUGAAAGACACUCACGCAACCUCUCUUCUCUCUCUGUCUCCUAUGGCCGACCGGUGAACUCAAACGUUGCCUACAGUUAUGCUCUCCGUGUAGCCUAUCUCACCUACCUCCUUCAACCUCGCUCUCGUCGCAUUCAAAAUGUACCGAAUCGACCACAGCGCCCCAAGCGGUCCUCCACCUUCCACGAUCUCAUGAGUGACUUCUCGCUGGUCAAAGAUUCGAAGAGCACCAAGUUCCCUCAUGGGUUCAUAUCUGUGCUGGAAAAGCGGCUAACUGGGAUAUUGGUGCACACAGAGAAGAGGAAAGAAUACCAAGAUCCAUUGGUAGUGAGGUCGUUUGCGGUGUUCCUAAAUGCCCUGAAGGAGCAGUCUUUUAGGAAGAGAAUGGAAAAGGAUCGGCGCGCCGAGGAUCUCGUUCUCAUAUUCUACUCGAACGCAACAAAGGAACUGGGCAAGGGCAAAGACCUGGACGACGAUAACUGGAAAUUUAUGGUAGAUAGACAUGUUGCCCUGUUUGUUCGGCUGUUCGCGCUCAUUCUGAAAGAUAACGACUGGGCGAAAGAUCGACCUGAAUUAGCAAAUCGACUAGCUGUUCUGGAGAGCAAGCUCCUCUCCCAGGACCAGGAUCUUGUGCAGACAGGCGACCCCGCGACGACAACUGAAGUCGUUGUACCAUUGAGUUAUGAUGUGAAAGACAUGCCACUUGUACAGCAUGUGGCAAAGAUAUUCGGAAUCAGCACAGCACAGGCACAGUCUGAUAUCGACGCGUACAAGUCGACUUGGACUGAGAAGGCAGCUCUUCGAGAUCUGAAGUCAUACCAGGCUCAGCUAAACCUUAAAACUGGGCGGACACUGUCGACGGAGGAUUUUGAAAGCGAGGAAGCAUAUGAAUUUUGGAAGAAAAGCGAAGGCCCAGAACUCUCGCAGAUGAUGCUUACGAUUGUACAAUCGAACCCAGACCUUGCUAAAAGCACACCAGAAGAGCAGGCCAACGCCGAGUUAGAAUUAUCUAGGACUAUCUCUAACAGGGCCUCUCGCGUGAUUGAUCAGCUGCCAGAUAUCCGAUCAUUGUCUUUAGCGGAUGACAGUAACGGUACUUCAGAUGAAUCUGAUGUUUACACCUUCAUUCCCGCAGAUCCGAGGUCUUGUUACAGAUUUAUCUUGUCUCAAACUUGGCGCUAUGACAUGAAGGAUCAUGAAACUGAGCAGGCGUCCAAGCUAUUCUCUAAACAAUCUGCCGAACUUCUUCAUGAAAUAUGCGCUCGCUGGCGACUCCCCAGUUGUUCCAAAGUUGCCUUACUCCUGGAUGUUGCUCGUGAGAAAUUCGUGGAUAACGAGAUUGACCUCGACACUCUUGACACUGCAUUUAUUUCCGCGAAGGAGACCCCUGUUCAGGAAGGGAAGAGACGCAAUAGCCUUGUACAGCACGUCUUCUUGGACAGGCAAAAAUGGACGAUUCAUGACCUUCAUUUGAUGCGACAGCUGCUCUCGUCUCUUCAUGAGGCUUUGUUACGGGAGCUCUACGAUGUUAUGAUGGAUUGCUACGAGACGAAGCCGCGCCCAAUCGGUCCGGUGAUGUUCGUCUUGGAAAAUCACAUUGAGCUUGAUCCAGACUAUACUGAAGAUUCAGAAGAUAUCAAUCGAUUCCGUUCGUAUGUUUUUGAUGGACUCUCACAGAAGGCGAGAGAAAAAUAUCAAGAUCUUCUUAGAGAGGAAAUCCCGGCAGAGCCUGAGCUUUGGCAUAUAGAACAUAUUAUUCAACUUGCUCAAGCUAUCACGAAAUUGGCGCAGAAAAUUCAGAAACGUUACAGAAAUAAUCCCGAGAUCAUGGGGGUAAACCCCCAUCAGAUAUUGCUCGUCAAUGUCCUUCCAUUGUACGCGGAAGAUGCGCAAGAAAUGGUGGUCAGAGUAAUUGAACAGGUAAACGAGCGAGGGGAGGAAAUUGACCUGGAAGACGGAUUCGACCUUUAUAAGAAACUCACAGGAAUCCGGCACCUUUUUGUGGAUGCACUGCCUGACGUCCCUUUCCCAUUUCACAUCGAAGACAAACUGAAAGACUUUGUCUGGCGUUGGCUACGUCUGACAGAUCAAAGGAUAGUGGAAUGGGUUGAACAAGCUCUCAGACAAGAUGCAUUUGCCAUCCGGGCGAAUGAGUCUAUUGAGUUUGCCCCCGAUGAACUCAAGCACAGCGUAUCCGUGAUCGACAUCUUUAGGUCGUUUAAUCAAGUAGCAGAGCAACUAAUACAGCUUGGGUGGGAUGAUGAUUUCCAGUACGCAAAGUUUAUGACCGCUCUGUCCAAGUCGAUAGGGAAAGGAGUAGCGAUUUAUUGCGAGUCGCUGGAGCAACUGUUCACCAAAGAAAUGGAUCGUCUUUCUCCCGAACAAGAAGCGGCUUUGCACAAGACGACACAAGAGAAAUGGAUGCAAAUGGCCAAGGACGCUUGGACGAACAAGGAGAAAAUGGAACCCUUUCAGUUUCUGCCCGAGUCUCUUGUCAAACUCAACAAUAUCGAACAUGCGCUUACCCAGCUCGACAGACUUGAACAUGAUGUCAAUGUUGAUGGAUGCGCUGAAGCGAUUGCGAGACAUACUCCCCCACAGACGCAGAGGACACGCAGGUCGGUAACGUAUGUCUUCACGAUCAAGAUCGUGGAGGCAGAGGAUUUGAAGGCCUGCGAUAUGAAUGGAGGCAGCGACCCUUAUGUUGUCUUGGCGGACGAGUACCAGCGGCGUAUUGCGAAAACUCGUAUCAUUUACAAUAACCUUAACCCCAGAUGGGAUGAUGCGGUUGACAUCACAACUCAAGGACCUCUGAAUAUUAUUGCAACGAUUUGGGAUUGGGAUGCGGUCGGCGAUCACGACUAUGUUGGACGGACAUCCAUCAAACUGGACCCUGUGCACUUCAGCGACUUCAUGCCAAAAGAAUAUUGGCUCGAUUUGGACACGCAAGGCCGGCUCUUGCUCCGUGUGAACAUGGAGGGAGAGCGAGAUGACAUCCAAUUCUACUUUGGCAAGGCUUUUCGCGUGCUGAAGCGUACCGAAAGAGAUAUGACUCGCAAAAUAACGGAGAAGCUCUCUGCAUACAUCAGUGACUGUCUGUCUCGUCGAACCCUCAAAUCCUUGUUGUCUCGAGGCCUUAGUAUCUCCACCGUGUCAAAUUUCCUUAAUAGAAACCGAGCACAAAGCACAACAACAGCACCGUCACCGGCGGACGUGGAGAAUGCAUUGACACCUCUUUUCAAUUACUUUAAUGACAAUUUCGCGAUAAUGAACAAGACGCUUACAUCUGAAGCAAUGAAAAUGGUCAUGGCACGUCUGUGGAAAGAAGUGCUUGCAACCAUCGAAAGCCUGCUCGUUCCUCCCUUGUCGGAUAAGCCCUCCCACCAGAAGCCCCUUACAAUGCAAGAACUCGACAUCGUCUCACGAUGGCUCGACCUACUUUUGAACUUCUUUAAUGCUGUCGACGAAGAGACUGGAGAUGCAAAUGGCGUGCCCAUAGAUAUUCUGAAGUCUCCCAAAUACCAUGAAAUACGAAGCGUGAACUUCUUUUAUUUCGACCCAACGGAUAUUCUCAUUCGCACAUCAGAGCGCAUGGCAGCUGCAACAGCCUCGCGUGCACAACAGUUAGCCAAAAAUCGGGCAUCGGCGCCAGCGGGAUCAUUUGGGGCUACCCUUGGUGUUCCUGGUGCAAGGCGCGCAAAAAGCAUAAUGCUUUCUCGCAAUCUAGGCACUAUGAAAAAGGCGAAAGAAGAGAAGCGACGCGAAGCCCAGGCCGAGCCUAAUGAUGAUAUGAUUUUGCGUAUUCUCCGUAUGCGGCCGGAAGCAGCUGGCUACUUACGCGAUCGCAGCCGGCAGAAAGAGAGACUUGCAGCAGCAGCGGCAGCGGAUGCCAUCGUUAAACAGAGUCUCAUGGCCGGUGCUGGUAGUAGGAUGAUUGGCACCCUUCCGCGGCGAUGAUAUCUCGGAUAUUGCACUCUGCCAUAGCCUUAUGGUUCUCUUCCUAAUACGUAUACGGGAAGAGGUACAAUGGGACGUUUCCCGGGCAGUUAUGUUUUAGUUACGACAGCUGGUCUUGGGAUUUUGCCUAUUCUUGUUUCCUUUUGCAAUAACGACUCUAUGAUUCCCGGUUCUAGCUGGAUAUUUGUUUUUCCUUUUUUUAGCAUUAUUUUUUAUUAGUCUUUCGGAUUAUGGUUCUUGUAAUAAAGCAUCUACUGAGCAAACAUGGUUUAAUAUGGGAGAUACCACUUGUAGUGCUCGACUCUUCUAUCCUAAGCCGAGG